AUGGCCGGUGUUAAAGCUUACGAACUCAAAACCAAAUCCAAGGAAGAAUUGGAAAACCAAUUGGUUGAAUUGAAAAAGGAAUUGGCUAACUUGAACGUCCAAAAGUUGACCAAGCCAUCCUUGCCAAAGAUCCACACCAUCAAGAAGGAUAUCGCCAAGGUUUUGACUGUUAUCAACUUGAACCAAAGAGCUUCCGUCAGAGCUUUCUACGCUGGUAAGAAGUACCAACCAAAGGACUUGAGAGCCAAGAAGACCAGAGCUAUCAGAAGAAGAUUGACCAAGUACGAAGCUGGCUUGAAGACCGUUAAGCAACAAAAGAAGGCUGCUGCUUUCCCACAAAGAAAAUACGCUAUUAAGGCUUAA